AUGAUGGAACCUAGUGCCCUGACGAUUUUCCCACGUUUUUAUGGGGGAGAGGAGGUCGUUGACUUUCGGAAGUCUGACGACGUUUUCUCCCUGCCAUAUGGAUGCGGUUUUGUAGAUCGUGGAAUCAAGCUGCCGGUUAGUGAUCUUGAAACUGAGCGCUCCACUGAGGCCCGAAGAGUAUUUACCAAGAAAGAAACUUCAGACCUGGAGGCAAAAGUUAAGCAUGAACUCUCCCAUCUUUUAAACGUACUGGAUUCAGCGAACGCUCAACGCCGACAGCUUCUGCGCUCACUCAGUCCAACAAGCAUUCGUCCUCGACCGUCACCUUCAUCGGCGACAGAUGGUGUUCCUGUUUAGAACUGGACCGUGCAUGGGCUUCCACUGUUUGUUCUUAGAAUCUUGUGCUAUAUUUGUCACAGAAGCCUACCUCCCUGCACAAUCUGUCUUCACAGCCCAUGCCUACACUGUUGCCUUUACUUGAGAUAUUGUGGGAUGUAAACAAUAGACGUUGUUCUGUGCUCCUCUCCAGCGGAAACAUCACUGCGGUGUUUUAUGUGUGCGACGUUUUUUACCCUCUCCUUUUGGGAAAGUACCAUUUUAAUAUCUUAGAUCUCGAUUCAGAGCCUGGUCAUGAAGAACUGGCUGUACAUAGAACCGCAACUUGAAGCGAAAUCCCCUCACCGAUAAAAAGCCGUCUAAAUGAAAUAUCAGUUUCGAAGUUCAACUUGAGCCGUUCCCUUAAAUCUGCAUCCUACAUAAUUCUGGUGUGUUGGGUUUUUUUAAACUCUGGCACAUAUAACUCAUGUAUACUGUAUUUGCUGGCAGUGGUUCUAGUAAACCUGUUAACAUGAAUUGGUGGCUCGCCGCAUCAGGCAUUGCUCAUUUUGAUUUUGCUACAAGCGUACGCCAAUGUACACUUGCUGCAUUGCGUUUUGCGACUGGUUUGGCACUUGUUUGCACUCAUCAGGCGGCGAAAGCAGGGAGACUUUCACUCGAAGCCAGGACCUAUGGGAUGUGCACCGCAGCCUAAGGUCCCAGAGCCACGAUGGGCAAUGUUUGUCACAAUGGUUAGUUAUCUGGUUGUUCGGAAACUUGUUUUCUUUUUUGUA